CACAGAGGGACCGGUUACAGGUCUAGUCAAGUCCUCGCAUCCACUGAAGCGGAGAAGCGGUCCCGCUCAGACUCGGAACUGUCAAAAACAUGAACCGUUAUAAAAGAUUCGAACGUUGACCCACUCGUCAUUCAUCUCAAGACUGUCCAUUUGCAGAAGAAUAAUGCCCCGAGACAAAUCUCCUCCUGAUACCGUCGGCAUCCAGGCCACCUCCCAGCAGACGCGCUUUGAUAUCAACGAAGACACCGCUUCCACAGAUCUCGACCUUCAUGCUGUCAAUAUCUCUAUCGGAAAAAGAGAUAUUCUCAUGGAUUCUCAUCUCAAGUUAUCCCCCGGCGUUCACUAUGUUCUCGUGGGACGUAAUGGUGUCGGAAAGUCGACGCUCAUGCGUGCCAUUGGCGAGAAGUUCAUUCCUGGUAUCCCAAAGUCUAUACGAGUACUGUUGCUGCAACAAAGCUACAAUCCUGCCGUCGAUGGAGGUAAAGAAGAUAUAACUGUUUUGGAGUUCGUCGUGCAAAGUGAUACGGUCAGGACAGAAGCUUUGCGAAGAAGUGGCUUACUCCGAAAAGCACUUGACGAUUACAAUGAUCCUGGUGCCGCUGUAAGGGUAGUGAGGGAGUUGAAACACGAGGAUCACCUGAAACAACUCAACGAUGCGAGGAAGACCGCCCAGUUGAGAAGUGGUGCCCGGGGACUCAAGGCUAGAAAAGAACUGAAGACCUUGGAAGCCCAAGUAGAGGAAGAAGCCGCUAGGUUACAAGAUUUAAGUCUCCAUACAGUCGCCGAAGAGACGAAUGAGGCAGUCAUGAUGCUCGCAGAUAUUGACGCUGCUCUUGAAGCGAUGUCUGCCUCAACCGCUGAAGUACGCGCUACAGACCUUCUACUUGGCCUCGGCUUCGGCUCCACUGCUAUAUCUCAACCCUUAAAAUUCCUUUCGGGCGGUUGGUACAUGAGAACAAUUCUUGCAUCCCUACUCUUCCAACCCUGCGAUAUCCUCCUUCUCGACGAGCCCACCAACUUCCUAGAUAUGCCGUCUCUUCUCUGGCUAGAGGCGCACCUUCAGGAGAGAACAGAUACCACCAUUCUCCUCGUUUCACAUGACCGAACUUUUUCGGACUCCAUCGCAGAUGAGAUCAUCGUCCUGCGCGAUUGCAAGCUCGAGCGGUACCCAGGAAAUCUGUCGGCCUACGAGGCCACACGUUCCGAGCAGAAGAGGCGUCUCACUCGUUUAAAGGAAGCACAGGACAGACAAAAAGCUCACAUGCAAGACACCAUAGCUGGCAACGUUCGUGCAGCCAUCGUGUCCGGUGACGACAAGAAAUUAAAGCAAGCCGCAUCUCGACAGAAGAAGCUCGAUGAGAGGAUGGGCAUACAGGUCGGGUUGAAGGGCGGGAGAUUCAAGCUCAAUCGAGAUUUGGCAGGCUACCACACAAACAUGCGAGCAGAGAUUGACAUACCUCAGGAUGACGUCGCCGCCAAAAUCACCAUUCCAUCCGAACUCCCCGAGCUCAGAUUUCCCGGAGCAUUACUCUCCGUGGAGAACCUGACUUUUAAAUACAAGCGAGUGGCCACACCCACACUUAAUAAUAUCAAACUGACAGUCCAUCUUGGUGAUCGAAUUGGACUGGUUGGUCUCAAUGGGGCGGGUAAAUCCACCCUUGUCUCUUGCCUCGUUAAUCGACCCCAUUCAAAUGGUCAGAUCACAAAAGGAACGGUCAACUGUCAUCCGAAAGCGCGUAUUGGCUACUUUUCUCAAGCUCAAGUUGAAGAGCUCCCUCCAUCACGCACUGCGCUCGAGCUGACGAUGGAGGCUCAUGGAAUUGACUCGGAACGCGAAGCUCGUGCUGCUCUUGCUUCCAUGGGUCUAACCGGCAGAGCAGUUUCUGACAUCCCGAUAAAGAAACUUUCGGGAGGGCAGAAGGUGCGAGUUGCCCUGGUUCAAAUUCUUCAUCCUAGCACCCCACAUCUCCUCGUCCUGGACGAAGUUACGACGCAUCUAGAUUCAGAGAGCGUUGUGGCACUCGCGAAGGAGCUCCGAGCUUUUGAAGGGGCAGUCGUGAUCGUGAGCCACGACCGAUGGCUGAUCCGGAACGUCAUUGAGAAUGAACUGGAGGAAAGUAGUAGUGAGGACGAGUCUGAUGGGAGAGCUAGGUCUUUGGCAACGUCUUCCAAUAGAUUGAGGAAGGUGUGUAUGGUUGGGAAAGGGGAGGUUAAGGAACUGCUUGGUGGUGUGGGAGAAUUUGAAAAGAAGGUGAGGAAUCAGAAGAAGAGGAAGCGUGGAUGAUUGUGGGAGGUGAUGUAUGAUUUCUUACAUUCUCAAUCUCCCCUUUUUCACGGAGACACGAAAAGAAUGACAAAGUUGUUUCUACCUCACUUCCUGUACCUUCGCCUCUCAUUUGCCAGACCUCGUGAUCAAGAGGGAGUUGCAGCGUCAAACUUGCUUAGGGUGGUUCCAGGCGGGGCCCAGUGUUCAUUUGGCUUGAUGGUGUGUAUCUGUGGUAAAAGGAACAAAAUCACAACUCCAACCGGCGAUGAAUCCGGCUCGAAAAUGGCGUUCGACUAUUUCUGGCUUUGAAAUUUGACUGCUCGCAGCUUCGAGAAACGAGUCAUCCAAACAGGUCCAAUAGCCACACGGUGCUUCGUUCAUCUACUUCGAUCUCUCCAUAGUGAACGGAAGAUAUUGAAAACCGUAGAUAGUCGAGUAAGUGACCCUUCAAGUUAUCCAUAUCAGGCUUGCCUUGGGCUGAGCAAGUUUUCGCUAUCGUACGAGCGAGUCUUGCCGAAUGCGAGGCCACACGCGAAAGGUACUGCUAGUCAGGCCUAGGGGAACUUCCAUCUAACGUUCGAUCAGUGCUUUGGAGCCAAUUUGGAGCGACGCCGCGUGGUGUGGUGUGGUGACUGGUUUCGAGCCUUCCUCUGCGCCUUUCGCCUCAAGUCAACAGUAGAACAAUCGACUCACGAUGGGUGCUUUUCUUGGAGAGCAACCGAUGGUCAUUUUGUUUUAACCUGAGUGCUUCCAACUUGAAUUCGGCCAAGCCUGAAAAAGUCUACGGGUUCUCUGGAAGGCUUAUAUCCGGAGCACAAUUCCAAUAAUUCACUCCUGAAGAUCGGAAGUCUCCGCCAUUCGUGUCAACGUACUCCCGUUAUCAAGUCAAGGAUUUUGGAGUUUCGCAACUCCUGUAAGGCACGCGUUUUGGUCUUUGUACUGCGAGAUCAAUAAUAACCGGCGAACACGUCGGAU